AUGUCCAGCGCCUUUGAUUCAAUCGCGUUAGAAUCGCUCAGUUUGCUGGAAGCGCGUCUCCGGCGAAUCGAGUAUGCUAUCCUAGGGCAUGUAGAUGAGGAGGCAUCCGCCGAAAGCAACAAAGCAUCCGCCGCCGAACAGUUAUCGAUACUGGAACAGUCUCUCGCACAGCUCACGUCGUCCUCCGAUACCCUUCGAAAUAUGCUUGAAUUGCAUGAGAAAUACCCGGACCUCUUUCACGCGCCCACCGCUGACGGAGCGUCGAUCAAUUUGGACACAGCCACCAUCCUCUCCAUCGUAGUCUCAUCUGCGAGUUUAUAUUCAACUGUCGCCUCGCGAUUGACUAGUAUGGCGGACAUACCUGUUCCUUCGGCCGAUCUCUCGGCGCAGUUAAUUGAGCUACAGCCUCGCAUUUCACGAAUCGAAGCGAUCCAAGUCAGCCAGUAUCUCGAGCUCUUGCAUUUGAGAGAGAGAAGCGCUUUAUUGGUGGAGAUGGAGUAUACAAAGAACGUUUUACACCUGGGCGACGCGUGGGCUACGAUGGAAACGAGGAUUAAGCGAGUCGAGCGCAAAAUAGCGGCACGGGAAAAGGUGAAAGAAUAG